AUGAUCGAUGCUCUAUUUGACCAAGUAACAGGUGCUGGAAUUUUCUCUAAGAUAGACUUGCGAUCAGGCUACAAUCAAAUAAAGAUCAAACCAGAGGAUGUUCCGAAGACUGGUUUUGUCUCUCGAUAUGGGCAUCAUGAAUAUCUUGUGGUACCAUUCGGGUUGACGAUUGCACCUACAGUAUUCAUGAAUUUGAUGAACAAGGUGUUCAUGAAGUAUCUUGACAAGUUUGUGAUCGUCUUCAUUGAUGAUAUUCUCAUCUAUUCCAUAAACAAAGAAGAGCAUGCUGAGCAUCUCAGAAUUGUGUUGCAGACUUUGAGGGAACAUCAAUUGUAUGCCAAGUUUAGUAAAUGUGAAUUUUGGCUGACUCAAGUAUCUUUUCUGGGUCAUGUUAUCACACAAGAAGGAGUUGCAGUGGACCCAAAGAAGAUAGAAACUGUUAUAAAUUGGAAGUCUCCAACAUCGGUUUCAGAAGUCCGAAGUUUUCUAGGUUUGGCAGGAUAUUACAGGAGAUUCAUUGAAGGAUUCUCCAAGAUUUCAGGACCCAUGACUAAUUUGUUGAGGAAAGAAACCAAAUUUGAGUGGACUGAAAGCUUUUCAAGAGCUGAAGCAAAGACUUACAACCGCUCCAGUGUUAACUUUGCCAAAAAGUGCAUAGGUGAAGCCAGUGUUACAUCGUUAGUAAUUCAACCUACCUUGGAUGAUGAGAUCAAGAGGUAUCAGUUAGAGGGCAAGUUCCUUGCUGAGGAAAUCAGAAGGAUUAAAGAGAAGGAAUUAUCAGAAUUCACUCUAGCAGAUGACGAGUCAUUGUGGUACAAAGGCCGGAUAUGUGUUCCAAACAUUCCGGAUAUCAAGAAGGUGAUUUUACAAGAAGCUCACCAAACACCAUACACAAUUCAUUCAGGAAGCACAAAGAUGUACAUGGAUUUGAAAGGUACAUUUUGGUGGAACAACAUGAAGCGUGAAAUUGCUAAGUUUGUAUCUGAAUGUGACACUUGCCAAAGGGUGAAAGCUGAACAUCAGAAUCCAGCGGGUUUGAUGCAGCCAUUACCAAUACCCCAGUGGAAAUGGGAGGAGAUUAGUAUGGACUUUAUCACUGGAUUACCAAGGACACAAAACCACAAAGAUGCUAUAUGGGUAAUUAUUGAUCGGUUGACAAAGACUGCACAUUUCAUUCCUAUCAACCAGAAGUACUCAUGUGAAAGACUUGCUAAGAUCUACAUCAAGGAGAUUGUUAGCAAACAUGGAGUUCCUGAUAGAAUAGUAUUUGAUCCAGGAUCCCUAGGACCUGAUCUUGUUGAGGAAAAGCAAGAUGUAGUUACCAUCAUCAGGGAUCGACUCAAGACAGCUCAGAGCCGUCAAAAGAGUUAUGCUGAUAAAAAGAGGAGAAUUGUAGAAUUCCAAGAAGGAGACUUGGUUUACUUGAAAGUGAGUCCUACCAAAGGAGUUAAGAGAUUUGCACCUGAGAGUGCAGGGGCUUGGGAAGAAAAGGAGUCGGGGAGGAGAAGGCCAGGGACAGUCGUGCUGCAGCUGGAGGAGAAGUGCUUAGUAGCAGAACAGCUAGGAGGAGGACGAGCAGAGCAAGAAGAAGCGGGAGUUCAACAAGCAAACCCGUCGAACUCCAUUACCUAUUCGUCACCAGGUUGUGAGCCGACGGCAGAGGAAGAAGUGGUGUACGUCGAAGUUGGAGAAGAAGUACCAGCGGAGCCACCUUCAACGAAAGUCGACGAAGGAGUGGACUACUACUACGAGUACCGUGAAGACAGCAAUGACAUGUAGAUUAGUUAGUAGCUUUGUGAGACGAGCGUGUAGUAUUACUUUUGCUGUACCAAACAGAACGGUUUUAAAUUCCCAAUUUUAAAUUCCUAGUACUUUGGGAAUCAGUUUGUAA